AUGGAGAGCGGGAUGCAGCUGUCGGGCGGGCAGCGAGCGCUGAUCCGGGAGAGCUGGCAGCGGCUGAGCGGCAGCCCCGUGCAGCACGGCCUCGUCCUCUUCAGCAGGCUGUUUGACUUGGAUCCUGACCUGCUGCCCCUUUUCCAGUACAACUGCAAGCAGUUUGCCAGCCCUCAGGAGUGCCUCUCCGCCCCUGAGUUCCUGGAUCACAUCAGGAAGGUGAUGCUGGUGAUUGAUGCUGCUGUGAGCCACCUGGAGAACUUGUCCUGCCUGGAAGAGUACCUCUGCAACCUUGGCAAGAAGCACCAGGCGGUUGGUGUGAAGGUUGAGUCUUUCUCGACUGUUGGCGAGUCCUUGCUGUACAUGCUGGAGAAAUGCCUUGGUGCUGCCUUCAGCCCAGAGGUGCAGGAAGCUUGGAGCAAACUCUACAAUGCUGUGGUGAAAGCCAUGCAACGUGGCUGGGAGACCCUCCCAGAAGGGGACUAGAUCCUGCCAGCCAUCCCUAUCCCUGACCAUGCGGCUGUCCUGGGCACGGGGAGUCUCACACCACACUCGCUGCCUCUCCCCACCUCUGUCUUUCUGUGUGCACCAGCCCGUGGCUGUCUCUGCCACUCACACGUGCUGCAGGGCUCUCACGUGGUUCCACCCUGCUCCAACACGAGUGUGUCUCUGCCUUUGCUAAGGGCUGGCAGGGCAUGUCCCUGCAGCAGAGCCUGGCAGUGCCACAGCACAGGUAUGCCACCCUGCCCCAGGUUCCUUCAGGAAUACCAACACCCAUGUACCUACUCUGGGUUUUAGUCUGGAUUUAGCUUGCUCAUCUGUCCUCCUCUUGCUACCCACCCUGUAGGUGACAGCUGGCCCUCUUGAGCUUAUUUGCCUGAAAUCCUAUUUGCUUUGCUUUACCUGCUGUGUCUGACACUGCUCGGUCCUCCUGUGCUGCUGUACCUGGUUCUGUGUGACAGAUUUGGCUCCAUGCAGGUCAAAAGGCAGCAAGAGAGCAAAGCUGGUCACAUCAUGUGGCUGUUCUCAAACCUUGCAGAGAGUUUUCCCCCCUCUCCCUUUGUCAAUAUAUCACUACCAGGUAGUUAACCCUGGUGCUUUCUUCUGCCUUGCCUCUGACCUAGAUGGAAACCCUGGUUUUCCCCUGUGUCAGCUUGGCCACAGCCCAGUAGGCUUCCUAUGGAUGCUUCAGGCAGUGGUGUCACAUUCAUCCCAAGGUGAGAUUACUUUUGGCAGGGUUGGGCUGCCAGCUGAAAGGCUUUGUGUUGAUUUGGCCUUGGAGCCAUCUGAAAUGCAGCAGCAACAACAGCAGCAGUAGCAAUGUCUGUUUACUGCUUUGUGUUAAGGAAAAUAAAGCAAAUACAAGGAAAAGAUGUCUUAAAAUAAAAAUGAAGGUUGCAAUUGUGUCAUAGCAACAGCUUCCAGAAAUUCUGGCUCUUGGCCAGAGGAUGCAUAGCUGGAAUCUUUCUGCUGCUGUCAGAAUCUGGAGCACUUCCCAGCUGCUCGCGGUGCCCAUCUGCAGAGUUCCUCACCCUCACAGGAAUGAGGAGAUAGCAUCUGCUAGAAGAAAUCCCAGAAAACUGCUGAGAGGCAGCACCUGAGGGCUCUGUGAAGGGGCUGAACUUGAGCACUUUGAGGAGAGUUCAUCUUCAUGGGGAAGCCACUGUGGAACAAACAAAACCAUGUUUCUAGCCACCACUAGCACCAGAGCAAGGACAUGGAGAAAUUAUUCAGUUACAGGCAGCACGCUUUUUUUUGCUUCUUCAGGACAGGAGGAGCUUAGUGUUGAGGUCUGAGAUGGUCCUGUUCUGAAGACACAUUCCUCCUGUUCUCAGAUGCCCUCCACUCUGGGGCAGAAGGCUGAGGUCUCCUAGGCCCAUGCCAUGGAAGGGAUGAUGGGGUGCCCUGUGAGAUGCCUCUCUAGUGUCCUGCCACCAGGCCUGAUGGGAGCCAUGGGCUUCCAGCAAGCAAAAAGCCAUCCAGUUGUGUUUGGGAGGCAAGCUAAUAGGUGUUGUCAAACAGGCGGUGAACACCCCCACGUUCCUUGUCCUCGCCAUGGGACCAUGUUGUGGUCCUGGCUCUCUCCAUUAGCUGGGUCAGGUGAGGUCUCCCCAUUCUUGUACCCAGCAGUGAGGGAUGGAGCAGCUGGGGCUGGGAUGAGUCACUAGCCUUGAUGGCACCGUAUGGGGCGGGAGGGUUCAGGAAUGGGGAUGUCCUCUUUGCAACCCUGUUAUGGGGCAUUAUGCCUUCAGCAUCGUGGGAGUGGGACACCUUCUGGCUCCAUGUGACAAGUAGGCAGCUGUGUGAUGGGUGGGGUGUGGGUGUUACUGCCCAAACAAUCCCUGCUCCCUCUAGCUUUCUCAGCUCCUUGACUUCUGCUCUUCUGUGCCACAUUUCGUGUAACUCCCAAGAGAACUAAACUAGUCUGUGUGCCUCUUAU